ACUUCAUAUGCAUGUGAUGUCCUGAGUACAACAAAUACUCAAACAAGAUAAUACAUAAUUCUCUAAAUAGAAUGUUUUCAGUGUGUAAGUUUAUAUGGAGAAAGUGCUCUGAAGGUCUGCAGGGAGGAGUAGACAUGGUCCCAGCCCUCAACAUCUUUAAUGACAUGUCAUGGAAAAUGACACAGGUACAAACAUAAUUAAAUCACCACAAAAGGGAUAAAGGAUGGGGAGUAACAUACUUUUGGGGAACAGAAAAGGCUUCAGAAACUUGGGGAAAAUUUGGAAUGGACCUUGAAGCACAGUAAGAUUUCAUGAGAUGAUGAUUAAGGUUGGGAGAGGAGGAAGGAUGUGAGAAUUUGAGGGACAGGAAAGAAAAGGAACUGUCCAAGUGUUCAGUGUGGUUAGGAAACUGGGUUGAGGAAUUGCCUAAGGCUAGAAAGUGGGUUGGAGUUAGGAUGUAUCAGACCAUGGCUGACCGCUGUUAGGAAGAUUCUGCAGUUGUUGAUAUAAUAGUGAUCUAUAUGUACAUAUGUAUGUAUGUGUAUGUCUGUGUGUGUGUGAUGUGGUUUAAAAAAUAUAUAUAUAUGUCAUCUCAAACUUACAGAAAAGUUGCAAGUACAGUAAAACAACUUUUCUUUUUCCUAAAUUAUUUAAGAAUAGAUUUCCAAUCUGAUGACCUAUCACCCUUCAUUAUAUAGCUGAGUAUAUAUUUCCUACAAAAAAGAUAUAACCACAAUACAGCCAUCAAAAUCAGCAAAUUAGUAGAGCUACAAUACUACAAUUUAAUAAUCAGAUCCAAUGUGAAUUUCACUAAGGUAGGUGGCUUCUGGAAGCUGGAAAGGGGAUUCAUCCCAAGAGUUUCCAGAGAGAAAGGCAACCCUGCCAACUCUUUGAUUUUAACCCAGUGAGACCUCAGUAAGACUGCUACAGAAUCCUAAAACAGUAGAGAGUGUGUGUGUGUGUGUGUGUGUGCCUAUGUGUUUAAGUCACUAAAUCCAUGUAAUUUGUUAUGGCAGAGAAUAAAAAAACGAAUACAAAUCAUUAUCACUGUAUUUCCCUAAUCAGUCAUACCACUGUGGUGCCAGGCCGUGUAGAAUCCAAUCUUCCUAUAAGCGUUCCUGGCAGUAAAAAGAAAGAAAGGUGAUAGAACGUCUGCCUGUUGUACAUACAGACUGGAAACAGUAUUCCCUUCGGAUGACUCCUUUAAAAAAAACCUUGCCUGUUCUGCAACGCGAGCCAUGACUGCACAACUCUGCCCCUGCCAAGAAUCAUUUUCUUAAGAAAUUUGUUUUCCUAAGAGUUAUCUCUAGAGACACUCCGAGAAAACAGCGAGGAAACACAAAUUAUUUUAUGUUUCAAUUUCCUGAAUGAAGCAAAGCAAACAAGGUGCGAAGCAAACAGGGUUCGAAGCCCUGACGGCCCAGAGACUGCACAGCGGGCCCAGAAGCAGGAGCGCCCCCUCGACAGGCGGCGUAGCCUCUGCGACGCGGCUGCGGGCAGCUCCGGGAGGAGGAUCUCAACCCCAGUGUUGCCCCACUCCGGGAAUCAUGGAAGCUGACAAAGACAGUAUACUACAAGUUCUUAAGGAGCAUUGGUCAGAUGAAUUUAUGAAAGAUGAACAAAACAAGGGAUUAAUUGAUGAAAUUACAAAGGAAAAUAUUCAGCUAAAGAAGGUGAUCCAAAAGCUUGAAACCGAGUUACAAGAGGCUACCAGAGAAUUCCAGAUUAAGGAGGAUAUUCCUGAAACAAAGAUGAAAUUCAUUUCAGUUGAAAUUCCUGAGAAUGACAGCCAGUUUCAAAAUAUCUCCUGUUCAUUUCAAGUGAGCUCGAAAGUUCGUUAUGAGCUACAGAAAGGACAAGCACUUAUCACCUUUGAAAAAGAAGAAGUUGCCCAAAAUGUGGUAAGAAUGAGUAAACACCAUGUGCAGAUAGAAGACGUAAACGUGGAGGUUACAGCCCAGCCAGUUCCACUAAACUCAGGAGUCAGAUUCCAGGUUUUUGUAGAAAUUUCUAAAAUGAAAAUCAAUGUUACUGAAAUUCCUGCCACAUUGCCUGAAGAUCAGAUGAGAGACAAACUAGAGUUGAGUUUUUCUAAGUCCCGGAACGGAGGAGGAGAGGUGGACAGCAUGGACUACGACAGACAGUCCAGGAGCGCCGUCAUCACGUUUGUGGAGACUGGAGUUGCUGAAAAGAUUUUGAAAAAUAAAGAAUAUCCUCUUUAUAUAAAUGAAACCUGCCAUAGAGUUACUGUUUCUCCAUACACAGAAAUGUACUUGAAAAAGUAUCAGAUAUUUUCAGGAAUUUCUAAAAGGACAGUGCUUCUGACUGGAAUGGAAGACAUUCAAAUGGAUGAAGAGAUUGUGGAGGAUUCAAUUAACAUUCACUUUCAACGGGCAAAGAAUGGGGGUGGAGAAGUAGAUGUGGUCAAGUGUUCUCUCGGUCAACCUCACAUAGCUUACUUUGAAGAAUAGAAUCAGAAUCAUAGCAGAAUCAUGAAAGCUAUAGCUUUUUAACUCUGAUUACUGUAAAUGUUUGACAAAAAUGAAUACGCUUUUCCUUCAAAAAUGAAAACUUUUAUUUUUAGCAUCCAUUUAUUUUUAGAUACAAAAUUUAUUUCCAUGUUUCUGAAUCUUCUUUGUUUCCAAUGGAGCUGCAUGUUUUCAACUACAAUAAAUGCACUGUAAUAAAGUUUUGUUUACAGAUUA